AUGAGCUGUGUGUCUGCAUAUUGUUGGAACGGCAACACGAAGGCAACCCGGGUGGAGCUCCAUAAGAAGUGCGUGCAUGCGGCGGCGGCCAGGAAGUGUACGGCACCAUCGGAAAAUCUGGCGGGUAAAACGGCUCCGAUGGGGGUUCCGGCGGCAUCGAUGGAGGCAACGGCGGAGCGGGGGGGACGGCUGGCGGGCUGGGUGGGGAAGGAGGUGAGGGCGGCGACGGUGGCGGCGCAGGUGGCAACGGAGGUGAUGGUGGUGAAGAUGGAGGUAACCUGGGGGCCCUUGGAAAGCGAGGUGGCACUGGCGGCCUGGGAGGACGUCGAGGUGGCGACGGUGGUGGGGACGGCGGUGGUGGCGGUGAAGGUGGUGAUGGUGGUGGGGAUGGCGGCGGUGGUGGUGAAGGUGGUGAUGGUGGUGGGGAUGGUGGAGGUGGUGGUGAAGGUGGUUCGGGUGGUGGGGAUGGAGGAGGUGGUGGCGACGGUGGUGGGGAUGGCGGUGAAGGUGGGGAUGGUGGUGAGGGCGGUGGGGAUGGAGGCGAAGGCGGUGACGGUGGCGAUGGCGGAGGCGAUGGAGGUGAGGGUGGUGAGGGCGGUGAGGGCGGUGGAGAUGGAGGUGAGGGUGGUGAAGGUGGUGGGGACGGCGGUGGUGGCGGUGAAGGUGGUGAUGGUGGUGGGGAUGGCGGCGGUGGUGGUGAAGGUGGCGACGGCGGUGGGGAUGGUGGAGGUGGUGGUGAAGGUGGUUCGGGUGGUGGGGAUGGAGGAGGUGGUGGCGACGGUGGUGGGGAUGGCGGUGAAGGUGGGGAUGGUGGUGAGGGCGGUGGGGAUGGAGGCGAAGGCGGUGACGGUGGCGAUGGCGGAGGCGAUGGAGGUGAGGGUGGUGAGGGCGGUGAGGGCGGUGGAGAUGGAGGUGAGGGUGGUGAAGGUGGUGGGGACGGCGGUGGUGGCGGUGAAGGUGGUGAUGGUGGUGGGGAUGGCGGCGGUGGUGGUGAAGGUGGCGACGGCGGUGGGGAUGGUGGAGGUGGUGGUGAAGGUGGUUCGGGUGGUGGGGAUGGAGGAGGUGGUGGCGACGGUGGUGGGGAUGGCGGUGAAGGUGGGGAUGGUGGUGAGGGCGGUGGGGAUGGAGGCGAAGGCGGUGACGGUGGCGAUGGCGGAGGCGAUGGAGGUGAGGGUGGUGAGGGCGGUGAGGGCGGUGGAGAUGGAGGUGACCCACGGGUCAGAUAAAUGCUCUACGUCGGGCCAUCGUCCGCAGCUGUGUGGGUGUCCUUGUCUAGGAGAGUCUUCUAAGGGGCCGCGCCUGGCGUGGCAAGACGGCACAGUCUUUGACCCAAAGCGUCGCUUCGUGACCCGCGGAUCGUUAUCUACGUACUUGCAGUUCCCUGUAGCCGACUUAGACUUCGCCAUUGUUCUGGAAGCGUUGCCAGUCCGCAGGUUGCAGAGCUGCUGGAAGGUGUUGCACGGCUCCGUUACUGUCAGGCAAAAGGUGGUGCCUGAGAAAGAAGUGUAG